UAGCAGGUUGCUAAGCAAUGUAAACAAUAAUGUCAAAUUCAGACGAAACUAUUGCAAUUGAUUAAAGUAGUUAAAAAUUUCGUUUGUAAAUUUUAGCAGUGAAAUGGCAGCAUCAUUACAAUGUAAAGUCAUAUAUGGCCUAAAAACAGAUAUCAUUGGAAAUGCUCAUUAUAUUACAGAUUCAGAGAUAGUAUAUCCUGUAGGAAAUGUAUUGUCCAUACAUGAUAUUUCUCAGCAACAACAAAAACUUAUACAUUUAUCUGAUAAAAUUCAAAUAAAUAUUAUUUGUGUUACACCUAAUAAGAAAUAUGUUGCUUUAUGCGAGACCGGUGAGAAGCCUUCAAUAUCUAUUUAUGACCUUCAUUCCUUAAAAAGAAGAAAAUCUUUAGGAAUACCAUACGAGGCACACAAUGCAAUUAAAUUUAAUUGUAUUGGUUUUACCUUCGAUAGCAAAUAUUUAGCAGCUGUAACAGGAGAACCAGAUCAAAUGAUGCUUUUUUAUAAUUGGGAAAGAGGCAAAGUAGAAUCUAGCUUAAAAGUAGGUAAUCCACAGGAUGCAUCUGCUAUUGUUAAUAUAAUAGCUUGCAAUCCAUCGGAUGCAGGGGUAAUGGCAGUCGGUGGACCACAUAUGUUCAAAUUUUUAACUCUUUCUGAAACAGUAUGGCGUCCAUAUGGAUUUUCAAAGGCUGAAAAUAUAUUAAUAUGUUCUAUGACUUGGUUGAAUUCGGAUAGGCUUUUAGCAGGUACCAAAGAUGGUAGAAUAUUAUACAUGGAAAAUGGUGAUUUGAAGAAUAUUUUUCAAAUGAGCGAAACUACAUCUAUGCAACUAAAAAUUCGUGAAGAAUAUAUCAUACACGCCGCCACUUCUCCAUUAGUUUUAGAAGAAAAAGAUUACGAUAGAUGGGAACAUGAUAUUCUUUCUUUGAUAGCAUUUCCAAAAGGUUUUGCAUAUGCCUUAGGUCCACGCACAAUAGUACUUUUCGAAAGAGAAGGCCUGCAUAAAUAUUUCAAGAGAAAUAUUUAUUUAAUUCCUUUACAAGUUGCUAAAACUGAUACCUCAGAUUUGUAUAAAGUUAAUACCAUAGAUAUUAAUAUAAGUUAUGAUCGUUUAUUAGUAACUACAGGAUGGUCCCAAUUAUUUUAUGCAACAUUAUGGGGUCCGGAUUUAAAUAUGGACCCUGAACCAAAAGAAAUGAGCAUAAUGGGUCAAUCUUUGCAUUACGGUCCUAUUACCGAUUUGUCUAUAUGUGCAUGGAAACCAAUUUUUAUGACUUGUGGAGAAAUUGACAGAAGUAUACGAAUAUGGAAUUUUGAAACAGAAAGUUUAAUUAUGUUUAAGCAAUACGAAGAAGAUAUUUGCUCCAUUGCUUUACAUCCAAUGGGUUUAUUUUGUCUUGUUGGAUUUACUGACAAACUUCGUUUUAUGAGCAUAUUAAUAGACGAUUUGAUGCCAAUAUAUGAAUUUCCAAUAAGAAAUUGUAAAACUGUACUUUUCUGUCACGGUGGACAUUUGUUUGCAGCUGUAAAUGGAAAUGUUAUACAAGUUUAUACAACUAUUGGUUUUCAUAAUCGGUUCCUAAUGAAAGGGCAUACAGCAAGAGUAAAAGGUUUAUUAUGGUCUCAAAUGGACACAAAGUUAUUAAGCAUGGGCGAAGAGGGUGCUAUUUAUGAAUGGGAUAUGGCUAGCGGAUUACGUACAGCAGAGAUUAUUUUAAAAAAUAUCAUUUUGUAUGACAUUGUGCUUGCCGCUGAUCAAUCAUUUCUAUAUUGUAUUGCAAAUGACAAUCGAAUUCGUGAGAUUAGGGAAGAUACGGUUGUACGCGAGUUUACUUUGAUGGAUAAGGACGUACAUUAUAUGAUAAUGAACAAGAACGAUACAUUUUUAUUUGUUACUUGUUUGGGAGGUAUUAUAAUGUCAUUGAAAUGUCCUCUUCAAUUACCCCUUGAAUAUGUACAUUUUCAUAUUCAUUCUAGCGAUAUUACAAAGAUAGCUCUUUCUUAUAGCGAACAGUAUUUAGUUUCUACCGCUAAAGAUGGUAGUUUAUGCAUUUGGAAAUUAUAUUAUACAGAUGGAAAAGUAGUAGCAGUAGAUAAAGGACUUGUAUCUACUAAUGAAGUAUUGGUUGGCAAAAAAGAUUUAGAAGAAAAAAUAAAAAUGAUCAAUGAUUUAACGAUAAGAUUGCGAGAAUUAGAAACUGAACAUGCAUACAAAAUAAGACAAAUGGAAGGUCAGCAUAAUGAUCAAAUGCGUGAAGUACAUCAGGGAUAUUGCGCAGCUAUUCAAGAGUUAAAAGAUAAGAUAGAUAAAUUGAAAGAAGAUCAUACAAAUGAAAUAAAUAAUAUUAAUGUGGAAAUAGUCAAAAUGAAAGGUCUUCAUGAAGAAGCGAUGCAACAAAUAGAGAUUAAUUAUGAUGCCAAAUUAAUAGUGGAAUAUGAUAAUUAUCAAGCAUUGGAAGAAAAAAACAACACAAUGCGGCAACAUUAUGAAAAAUGUUUGGCCGAUUUGGAGAAAAAGAGUGCGGAUGUACUGCAACAAACUAUAGUUAAGUAUGAAGCUCUUGUUCAUGAAAAAAAAGUACAAAUAGAUGAAAUUCAAGAGGAAAUGGAACAUCAAACGCGAGCGAAAGAAUUAUUAAUGGUACAAAUAGAAGACGACGCGGAUAAAGAAAUAGUUGAUGUGCGUACCAACUAUGAAAAUAUUUUAUACGAGGAGAAACAAAUGAAUUUAAAAUUGAAGGGAGAAGCUGGAGUAUUACGUAAUAGAUAUAUGGCUGGUCAAAAAGAUAUCGAGGAUUUAAAAAGACAGGUUCACCGCGUACAAAGCGAAUAUGCUCAAUUUCAAAAAACCAUACAAGAAUUGGAAAAAAAUGUGGCAGAUUUAAAAAAAGAAAUUAAUGAAAGAGACGCAACUGUUCAAGAAAAGGAACGACAAAUAUAUGACCUGAAACGUACUAAUCAAGAAUUAGAGAAAUUCAAAUUUGUUUUAAAUUAUAAAAUCCAAGAAUUGAAAAAUCAGAUUGAACCUAGGGAUCAGGAAAUCAGAGAUUUUAGGGAGAAAAUACGUGAUAUGGAAACAGAAUUAAUCAAUUUACACAAGACAAAUGUUAGUUUAGAGUUAAAAUUACACGAUUUAAGAGAAAAAGUAACAACAGCGCGAAAUCAGAUUUAUAUGGAAGUAGGAGAGAAGAAAAAAUGUCAACGUCUGUUAAGAAACAUUCAAAUAGAUUUACUCGAUGCUGCUGGACUUAUACAAGAGCCUUAUGCAUUAAAAGUUGCUGUAACAAAGUUAUAUCAUAAAUAUAGCGCGGAUGAGGAAUUUUUACGCAGUCGUAAAGCUGAUUUAGAUGCGCAAUGUGAUUUCAUGAAACAGAGAGAUCAUUUAGAAAGAACGGUAGAAUCUCUGAAAAAGCAAGUUUUUCAUACAUCUAGUGAAAACAAAGAACUAGAUAAAGCGAUAACGGAUAACGUCACUCUCAUAACAGAAUUAAAUGCUUUACGAGAAGAAUUAAAAUCAGCGUAUAAGCACAUAAUAGAUAUGGAAAGUUUAUUAGGAUUAACAAAAACAGAUAUAAAGCCGACAGAAGCCAGAAAAAAAUUAGAAAAAGCUUGCUAUGGAUACGAACGUUUGCAAACUGAAUAUCAAAUUGAAAUGCAAGAUUGUAAAAGUUUAAUCGAGGUUUUGAAAGAUGACAUAAAAAAACUUUUGAAUAAAUUGCCGCCCUGUCAAGAAAUUGAAAAAUGAAACCCUUUAUUUUAAGUAAGUAGUA